AUGACAACAUUGAGUGCAAUACCUUUAACCGGUGCGGCGUUAACGUUCUUACAAGUGAUGUCAGCUGGUAAUUUUGCUUUGCGUUUGAACGAUGCAUUUGAUAAAAUAGAAAGUUCGUUGAAUAAAAAUCAUUUAGAUUACAAACAAUGUUCGGAAAUCUUAGAAAAAACAGAAAAAGCAUCCACAGUCAUCAAGUCAACUAGUCUUGGGUUUUCUCUUGAGGCAUUAAUACCGGGUGUCGGUUUGGCACCUUCACCUCCGAGGAUAGCUGAAUCAGCGGUAUCUGCUAUGUCACUUAUAAGAGUCGUUAGACUUUGGCAAAAGACCGGUUGCCAAAAUGCUACAAUAAGAGAUUGUUAUUUAUAG